AUGGGUAGUGAGCUCCUAGGCUAGAGUUCUGCUUUGUUUUCCUCCUUUCCCACCUUUUGCGGUGGCGGACCGCUGGGCUGCACUGCAGCCGAUGGUCAAACGUUUAUGAUUGCAUCUGGGUAUUGGCAGUCACCCAUUCGCCCGCCAAUGAAGUAUAUUCUGGUUACUGGUGGGGUCAUCUCAGGCAUUGGUAAAGGGAUCAUCGCCAGCAGCAUUGGGACCAUUCUCAAGUCAUGUGGACUCCGAGUUACUGCCAUCAAAAUUGACCCCUAUAUUAACAUCGAUGCUGGAACUUUCUCACCUUAUGAACAUGGUGAAGUAUUUGUUUUAAAUGAUGGUGGAGAAGUUGAUUUGGACCUUGGAAAUUAUGAAAGAUUCUUGGACAUUAAUCUUUAUAAAGACAACAACAUCACCACUGGGAAGAUAUAUCAGCAUGUGAUCAACAAAGAGAGGCGUGGUGAUUACCUGGGGAGAACUGUUCAAGUUGUCCCCCAUAUUACUGAUGCUAUCCAGGAAUGGGUUAUGAAUCAAGCCAAGGUGUCUGUGGAUGGCAAUAAGGAGGAUCCCCAGAUAUGUGUUAUCGAGCUGGGAGGCACCAUUGGAGACAUUGAAGGGAUGGCAUUUGUGGAAGCAUUCCGACAAUUCCAGUUUAAAGCAAAGAGAGAGAAUUUCUAUAAUAUUCAUGUCAGCCUUGUGCCACAGCCCAGUGCUACUGGAGAACAAAAAACCAAGCCCACACAAAACAGUGUUCGAGCGCUGAGAGGGUUGGGCUUGUCUCCAGAUCUGGUCAUCUGUAUCCAUGAUGUUUCUUCCAUCUACCGAGUGCCUCUCCUUUUGGAGGAGCAAGGCGUGGUUAAAUAUUUUCAAGAGAGAUUGGACCUGCCCAUCAAUGAUUGUUCAAGUAAUUUGCUUUUCAAGUGGAAAGCCAUGGCUGACAGGUAUGAAAGAUUGCAGAAAAUAUGUUCCAUAGCCCUGGUUGGUAAAUACACCAAACUCAGGGAUUGCUACGCCUCUGUGUUUAAAGCACUGGAACACUCAGCCAUGGCCGUCAACCAUAAGUUGAACCUGAUGUACAUAGACUCCAUUGAUCUGGAGCCAAUCACCAAAGCCGAGGAUCCUGUGAAAUUCCAUGAAGCUUGGCAGAAGCUGUGCUUAGCUGAUGGUAUUCUUGUGCCCGGAGGCUUUGGAAUCCGAGGAACAUUGGGAAAACUCCAGGCAAUUUCUUGGGCAAGGACAAAGAAGAUUCCAUUUCUGGGAAUUUGCCUUGGGAUGCAGCUGGCAGUGAUUGAGUUUGCAAGAAACUGCCUGAACUUGAAAGAUGCUAAUUCUACAGAAUUUGAGCCAAACACUCCAGUCCCAUUGGUAAUUGACAUGCCUGAACACAACCCCGGUGAUUUGGGAGGAACAAUGAGACUGGGAUUAAGACGAACUGUUUUCACAACUGAAAAUUCCAUACUGAAGAAGCUUUAUGGUGAUGUUCCUUACAUAGAAGAAAGACACCGACAUCGCUAUGAGGUGAACCCUAACCUGAUCAACCAAUUUGAGAAUGAAGACCUUUGUUUUGUCGGUGAGGAUGUAGAUGGGAAGAGGAUGGAAAUUAUUGAGUUGACAAGUCAUCCGUAUUUCGUUGGUGUCCAAUUCCAUCCUGAGUUUUCCUCUAGGCCGAUGAGGCCUUCCCCUCCAUACCUGGGGCUCUUGCUUGCAGCAACCGGGAAUCUGAAUGCUCACCUGCAGCAGAUGAGCAAACUGUCAUACAGUAACCAAACAAGAUAUAGGGGAGGAAGGACGGUAUUGCUCUGUUCUCCUAAUUUCACAGUGAUGUAUGCAGUGAUGUCAGCGAUGACAGCUUUUCAGAGGCAAAACUUGCUGAACUGGAUAUCAACUGAAGCGCUUUCUUGCCUCAGGAAUAGCAGAAGCCACCUAAGAGUCCUCUGAAGUAAUUAUACGUAAGAUGAAGGAAUUAUCUGAAGAAACCACCAUACUGUUCCCUAGACAUGGGCUAUGAAGAUUCAAAGAGAAUCUGAAAAUGUUUACUUCAUGAAACAGAACCAAAGGGAUCCCCCCAGAGGCAACCUGUAGUAUUCAUACAAUUUCUAUACUUAAUUAAACGUAAUUCAACAGCA